AUGCCUAAGAGCCGGUCGUCCAUCCGAAAACUCCUAGACUACUUGGAGCGAGUAUUCGCAAUCAAGAAAGUUGGCGAGGAAGUAGGCCUGUCAGUAAAGCACAAAGCCAAUCGAAAGCCAGUUGAAAGCAAUAUAUUAACUCUUCACAGAUGCACAGGGUGCUUCCAAAAGGUCCCAACGACCAAUCUCUUGACUGCUCCUUGUGAACACCAAUACUGCCCCUCAUGCCUCCGUCGAAUGUCCUCAACAGCCCUGGACAACCCGGACAUGUUCCCGGCAAAAUGCUGUUUCCAAGAGAUCCCCGCAAAAGCACUCGUGGCCGUCAUGAGCUCUCGAAACAAAAAGCGCUAUAUCGUUCGAUGGGAGGAGAAUAAAAUCCCUCCUCUAGAGCGAUUGUACUGUCCUCGGCCGACGUGUGGCCGAUGGAUCCCCACAAAGAGCCCCGGGGGACGGUUAGGAUAUCGUGUCUGUCCUCAUUGCCGGGCAAAGGUUUGCUCCAAGUGUGGUGACUUUUUCCAUCUCGGCUCGUCAUGUAGCCAUGACUCUGAGACGAAGGCGACGUUGCGACUGGCAAAGGAGAAUAAUUGGCAGAGAUGCUCCAAUUGCCUGUAUUUGGUUGAGAAGGUGGAUGGAUGUAACCACAUCGUUUGUAGGUGUGGACAUCAAUUUUGUUACCUUUGUGGUCAACGCGGCAGAUGCGGAUGUCCCCCACGUGGUCUCGAAGACGAAGACCUGGAUACAGAUGGGGAUAUUGAUGUUAAUACGCUGGUCGCUGCAAUGGAGCAAGCGGAAUCGGCAGGUGAACCUUGUUGGUGGGAGGAUGAGGCUUAA